AUGAGGCUGUCUAUGAAGUCAUUUAUACCUUAUAAUCUCCCUCCUUCAGCCACACCUCACGUGUCCACUCAGCAGCAUUGCAGUAUCACUACAUUCACUCGGCAACUAACUUUCCAGUCUCAGCAGUCUCUCCACCACCAGUCUCAGAGUAAUUUUGAGUCUAAAUUCCUUAACCCAAUACAGCCCGCCCCCGUUUCGCACCCGGCCUCUCCCAACGGUCGCGUUGCCGACCGUUGGGAAGAGUACAUGGGUGUGAAGGACUGGGCGGGGAUGCUCGAUCCACUCGACGAGCAUCUCCGCGACCAGAUCCUACGAUAUGGGAAUUUCAUUGAGGCCACUUACAGGGCCUUCGACUUUGAGCCUUCCUCAACUUCCUAUGGUUCAUGCAAGUACAACAAGAAGUCCUUGUUAGACAGUUGUGGACUACCUUGUCAUGGCUACAAGGUAACCCGACACCUUCGGGCUACAUCCGGGAUACAAGUACCCGAAUGGGCCCGAUCCAGCUGGGCUGCCGCGCAGUCCAGCUGGAUCGGGUUCGUUGCAGUAUGCAACGACAAGGCGGUGAUCAACCGCCUUGGACGGCGGGAAGUUGUGAUCUCGUUGCGAGGGACCGCAACGUGUCUGGAGUGGGUUGAGAACCUACGGGCCACUCUAGCCCCGGUCCCGGGUCCCACAACGUUAAAUAAUGACAAUGUGGGCCCGUGGGACCGGGAUGGGUCCCAGGCCCCUAUGGUGGAGAGUGGGUUCCUAAGUUUGUACACUUCAGGCAACAACAUGGGGCCCAGCCUUCAGGAUGCAAUAAGAAUGGAGGUGCGCCAAUUACUUAAGCUCUACAAAAAUGAGCCUCUUAGUAUCACCAUCACCGGCCACAGCCUUGGGGCCGCCCUCGCUACGCUCGCAGCUUACGAUAUUAAAACCACGUUCGAGGGGGCCCCGCUUGUCACCGUUAUAUCCUUCGGUGGUCCGCGAGUGGGAAACCAGUGCUUCCGGUCCCUUGUCGACAAACAAGGGACCAAGAUCUUAAGGGUUGUCAAUCCUAGUGAUCUCAUCACUAAAGUACCCGGUUUUGUAAUUGAUAACAAUGAAGAAUACGUAAAUAAUAUUAAAAGACCAUCGAGAUAUUUCCCGAGUUGGAUCCAAGAAUUUCGGGUGGAGGACACACAUUGGUGGGUGUACGCCGAAGUGGGUCGGGAGCUCCGGUUAAAGUGUGAAGAAACGGAACAAUUACCAUAUUAUUUGAGCAAUAUGAACGUGGCAAAAUGCCAUGACCUAAAAACAUACUUAAACUUGGUGGAAGUGUGUCCAAUCAAAGCUUUUGUGAGGAGGUCGUUGCAAAAACUCUCCGACCGUUGUAAUAAUAAGAACAAGAAGGGUUUUUUUGCUGUAUAAACAAUUUUCGACAUAAUUAGCUAAUGUGACCAACAACUAUUUUUCUUUUUUUUUUUUGUAGAAAGAGCUACGACAAUGUACAUACAUGAUACAUACAUCCAAUUUUUGAGAGUUGAACAUUGCUGUUUUUUAACUUGAAUUACAUCUUCUUCCUAUUUUUCAUUUUUGAGUAUUUAAUUUACAUUUUCACUUAUUUAUAAAAAUAUAAAUAGUUUGUAUUAUAUAAAUGGACAUUAAAUUGAUCAAAUAACAUUGGACAUGAUAAUAUAUUUAAUAUUUAUAUAUCUAUAAAAUUAUGGUUAUAUGAUGUUCUACCUUGAAGACUCGAAGAAAUUAAUUAAUUUGUUAACAUUUUUUUUUACAAAAUGUUAUUUGUAAAUAAGGGUUAUCUUUUAUGAUUUUAGACUAAUAAUUCCAUCUUUAACAAAAUGGUCCCAUUUAUUUUAAAAUAAAUGGAGCAAUGACCUCAAAAGUAGUGUUGCAAACAGGACACACAAGCAUAAAAACCUCAUA